AUGGAUCCAGCCAAAUUAGAAAAAUUGUUCGAACAGCAGCUGAAGCUGAUGGAGAUGAUUACUCAGACGCACAUAUCUUCUCGAGUCCCAACUACACCGACAAUUCCUGAAUCAGUUGAUGGUAUUACCAGUGGUAUUUCAGAAUUUCUUUAUGAUCCUGAUGCCAACAUUACAUUUGAUACCUGGUUCAGACGUUAUGAAGACCUUUUCAAAGUUGACCUUGCUGACAGAGAUGAUUCGUGGAAGGUGCGUCUUCUUCUUCGUAAACUUGGUCCAUCCGAGCUGGAUAAGUAUUGCAACUUCAUUCUACCGCAGAACCCACGCGACCGUUCAUUCGAUGCCACUAUUCAGUCCCUCAGCCAACUUUUUGGUGAUCAUCACUCACUCUUCAGUACCCGAUAUCGCUGCUUAAAACUGGUCAUGAAUGAAUCUGAUGACUUCCUGACCCACGUCGGCGUUGUUAACCGUGAGUGCGAACGGUUCAAGCUCAGAUCCCUCACUGAAGACCAAUUCAAGUCCCUAAUACUCAUAUGCAGUCUUCAGUCACCCAAAUUCUCCGACAUCAGAACUCGGUUGCUUAACCGCCUUGAACAAGAUCCAACACUGACACUUAAUGCGAUCAUAGACGAAUACCAGCGUAUCAUCAAUCUGCAGCGUGACACCACUUUGGUUCAAUCUGGGGGCCAGGGUGGUUCCGAAGUUCAUGCUGUUCAGCACCAAAAAAAAUCUUCGAGAUCGACAAACUCGAGUCCUUCGAACGCCAGCGCUGUUUCUAUCUCUAAUCACUCUAAACCGGCUCAGAAGAAGCCCCCCUCGCCAUGUUGGCACUGUGGAGCCUGGCAUUAUGUGAAGUUCUGUCCAUUCAAACAGCAUGUGUGCGAUCGCUGUCAGAAAGUUGGUCACAAAAGCGGCUUUUGCAAAUCCAACCGAUACAAUAACCGUCGAAAUGUACAGACGCAGCGUCGUUUUCACAAAAAGCCGAUUACCUCAUCAAGGAGUUUAGCAGCAGUAUUCCAUACUCAUGCCGCGACUCGACGCAAAUUUCUGACCCUCUCAAUCAAUGGUCAGCCAGUUCGUUUGCAGUUGGACACUGCAUCAGAUAUCACCAUUCUGUCGAAAAAGACUUGGCGAACCUUGGGUCAACCUCCCAUCAAACCAUCUUCUCAGACAGCCGUCAGUGCCUGUGGGGGUCAUAUCCGCCUUCAUGGUGAACUUUAUUGCUGCAUUUCAUUCAGAGGUACAACCUUCAAUGGGACAUGCUACAUCACCAAUUCUCCGCUAAACCUUUUAGGUUUAGAUUGGUUCGAAGAACUUGGUCUCGCUGAUCUCCCCAUUAGCGCUGUCUGCAAUCAAGUCCAAACUACUGCUUCUACACAACAGCAUGCUGAAGACCUUCGAAAACGAUUUAUUGAACUAUUUAAGCCUGGUCUCGGACUUUGUUCCACAACUGAAGCUGUUUUAAAACUGCAGUCAGAAGCUACGCCAGUUUUUCGCCCAAAGCGUCCAGUCCCAUACGCAUCUUUACCUCUGGUUGACGCUGAACUUCAACGUUUGGAAACUGAGGGUGUCCUAGUACCUGUUUCUUAUUCAUCAUGGGCUGCACCAAUUGUGGUUGUAAAAAAAUCCAAUGGUUCCAUACGUAUCUGUGCAGACUUUUCCACAGGACUCAACGCGGCUCUACAACAGCAUCACUAUCCGCUGCCGAUCCCAGAUGACUUAUUUACUAUUUUAAAUG